UGGAGGCUCCGUCCUCCUGCUUAGAGUUCAUCAGUUUCAUUAGAGUUUAUUAGACUGCUGGAAGCUUCGUCAUGUGUUUGGAUUUUGGCUGAUUUACCUGCAAACAGCUUGGAUGUUGAGUGGUGUUAAUUGAGUCUGUUUUACACCUUUGACAGGAGAAAGAACAGCUGCAGCAGAAUGAACCAAUUCAACAGGUUUUCUGCAGGAGCCCGAGGAAAAGCGCUUUUCAGUACUGUGUGUGGAAACACGGCAGACUAAAAGUGCACAAGACAAACAUUUAGAGGGAUGUGUAAAUAAAAAAAUAUGAGUAAACAUCAUAGAGGACUGAGACAGCAGGGGAUUCAGAGUGAUGUGAGCAGUGUUUCUUCACAGUGGAAACUUCCAUACAACACCCAUCACAUCAGCAGGUCCCAUGUGGACAGAUCCCUCGUCCAUCAUGCUGGUUCGAGCUCUGCUCCAGACUUCGCUGGUUCUCUGGCUGGCUCAGCAAUCUCUGCAAGGCGGAGUUAACCCUCAAAGUGUAUCCUGGGGGAGAGUGCUUCCAGCCAGAGGUGUGGGCAUUGGAGUUAAACCUGGAGUUACUGGUGCACUUGGAGCACUGGGGAGCCGAUAUGGCAACAAAGCAAUGAAGACUGGAAUUGGACGUUAUUCUGGGGCUCAGCUUGGUGCUGGAGGUUAUAGGUCGCUUGGAUUAGGGGGAAGAGCAGGUCUAAAGCAAGGUGGAUAUGGAAACCAGGGAGCCUAUGGUGCUAGUCUGGGCACAGGAAUGGGGCUGGGGGCUGGACUUACAAAUGGACUGGGACUGGGCCAGGCAGGAAAACGUGCUUAUGGUGCUGGCCUGGGCACAUAUCCAGGAUACGGAUCUUUAGGAGGCAUUGGCUAUCCUGCACGACCAGGUGUGCCUGCAGAACAUUUGGUUGGACCUGAGAUGGCCAGUCAGGGCCAAGCUGUUCAAGAUCUUAACCGAGAAAAGAGCAGAGGUCUAGACUUGUAUGGAAAACAGGACAGAAUGCACGGACCUGAAAUGCCAGACAUGAGGAGCAGCAAUAUAAAUGGUCCCAUUGCACCUGAACUGCAUGCAGGAAGAGAGGUCAAAAGGCUUGAUCCAACAGUUCAGCCAUCAAGUCUUAGACACAGAGCACCUCUUGAUGAACGGAGUAAAAUUCUUGAGCUGGGUGCAGAUCACGGAGAAAGUAGUCACCUUGCAAUAACCAAAAGAAAGGUUGCUCCAAGUCAUGAAGCCACUCUGGAAGCUAGAAAUCUGAGAAGACAACUGCCUGUUGAAAAAGACAACAUCCAAAGUCUGGGUUCUUCAUCUCAGAUACACAGUAACCAAGACUUCGAUUCAUCCAAUCAACAAAAUCAGAGAGUUGAAAACUGUGGAUUCCCUAUUAAUUUCUCUGAUGUUCUGAAAAUCAAUCGCUUUGAACUUUUAGAUUCAGAAAUCCAAAGUUCAGUGCCUCAGCUGCGUGUCGAUGAAGAAGGUAGACAUGUUGGUACUUCACAAACACAAAGAGAAAAAACCUCUCGACUACCUGUUCUAGAAGCUGAAAAUUUAAGAGCACAUGUUCACUCUACUCCAGGGAAUCAGAGAAUAAGAGAAUAUUUCGCUGCUGUGCAAGAUAGGCAGGGCAUCAAAGGACUUGUGGCUAAAAACACAAACAGAAUUAGAAUCCGUGGAACUGUUAUGGUACAACAACGUAGACAUAGUGCUACCAAUCUUCAAGUACAAGGAGGAGGGCACGAUGGAGCAGGGAUCCCAGGUGCUAGUGGAACCCAAAGUGUAGGCGUUGCCUCAAAUAGAGCAGAUGGUCAGGAAGCUCCAGGCUUUAUUGGAGAUGGUCAGAGUGCUAAACAGCUUUCCCAAAAUGAAUAUGAGAUCAAAAAGUCAAAAGCCCCCAAUAUCCCAGGGCAGACUGGGAGGAAUGCCCAGACAUCAAGUUAUAUUGGUGGAGCGGGAAGCUACCUGGGAGCAAGCCUGGGUCCUUUGGGUUAUGGAGCAGGUUUGGGACAAGGAGCAUAUCUGGGCGGAGCAGCUGGAAAACUUGGAGCCGCUACCGCGCUUGGACAGGGUGGAUAUCCCCAAGGUGCUGCAGGAAAGUCCACUGGUUAUGGUGAUGGAGCAACAGGCUAUCUUGGUGCCGUGGCAGGGAAUGGAUUGGGUUACGGGAAUGGUGAUGGUUACGGAGCUGGGCUUGCUUACCCUGCAGAGUUAGCCGAUGGUGCUGAGAAAAAAGCAGGGAGGAGUGAAGCUCUCAGUACUGGAGGCUAUGCUGGACCAGUGCAGGGUGGAUAUGGAGCACUUGGGGCAGGCCUGGAACCAACUGGUGGCAAAUAUGGAGGAGGAGCUGCUCAAGUUCCCUACGGUAAUGCUCCAGUGGUUCCUGCUGGACUGGAAGGUGAUGGUGGCUAUCCAUAUGCUGCUCAGCAGCUCGGUCUUGGUGCUGAAAGUGCCAAAUCUGCAAGCAAAUAUGGUGCUGCUGGAGGAUACGGAGCUCAGCAAGCAGGUUUUGGUGUGCAGCUAGGAGCAGCUCAAGAUGCAUUAGGAGAGCAGAACGGCAAAUAUGAUGGUGUGAAUCCUGCCCUGGGUAAUGGAUACAAAGGUUAAUUCUAACGACCUGGACCCCUUCAAGUGGAUCAUUACCAUGCAGUGUUCAGUGUAAUGAGUCUGCAGAGCUUUUCUGUGUGUUUUGCUCUUUUUUUUUCUGUUGUGAUGUCUGUAUGUCUUCUGUUUCGUUAUUCUCAUCUACCUUGGCUUUCUCUGUGAAUGGACAUUUGUAAACCGUGUCUGUUUGUCUCGUUCUUCAGAAACCUGCAGUACCCACGAGUUUUAUUUCUGUCAGUGCUGGAAAAAAAAAAACUGGU